GAGUAUAGCGCGUAACAACGACAGCGAAAAUCAUUAUGAAAAUAUAUUUUUGUUCCCCACGAUUCCGAAAUUCCCAAAAUGCAACACCUUUGUGCCCGAGUCCGUGUGCGUUGAACCUACGCUAAACUCGUCAAUCCAAUCCUGUCCAUUCAAAUGGUUAACCAUAGUUAGAUCUAACCUUUAACCAUAGUUCACUUUUUUUUUUCUUUUUCUUUUAUUGUGUGGCUACGCACCGCCUCUAUUUCCUCUAUAAAUUGACAUAACCAACCCCAUUUCUUCAUACUUCCAAUUAUCGAAAGCAUCUCCCAAUUCGUAAGGAAAGGCGAUCGAAUCCCGGUUAGAAAGUAAAAAUCCAACAAGGUUGAUGGUUGAGGUAGACAUUCAAAUUCCAUCUGCUUUUGAUCCUUUUGCUGAGGCCAAGGAGUCGGGCGGCGCGGGGACUAAGGAAUAUGUGCAUAUACGCAUCCAGCAGAGGAAUGGGAAGAAAAGCUUGACGACUGUGCAGGGGCUGAGGAAGGAGUUCAGCUACGAGAAGAUUCUGAAAGAUCUGAAGAAGGAGUUUUGCUGCAACGGCAACGUGGUCCAGGACAAGGAGCUGGGCAAGGUGAUUCAGCUGCAGGGCGAUCAGCGCAAGAAUGUCUCCCAGUUCUUGAUCUCUGCUGGCCUAGUCAAGAAGGAUCAGAUCAAGAUUCAUGGUUUCUGAGCCUUAGCUGCCUGCUUAUGUUUUAUGGUGUUUUUUGUUAUACUAUUUGUUUUGCUACCUUCCCUUUCCCUUUGAUGAUCAUCAUCUAUGGGGUGUUUGGUAAGUUGUGGGUGUGUUUGGGAUUAUCGUAAUAAUAGUUGUGCUACUUAUUUAUUAA